AUGGAAGAAGGAUUCAGUGGAACAGUCAGGAUAUCAAAUAUUAGUGAUUUCAUCGCACCAAGUGCGGGUGCUGUUAAAAUAUCGCUCAAUGACUGUCUCGCAUGCAGUGGUUGUAUCACUAGUGCGGAGACAGUGCUAGUCGAAGAACAGUCCUUAACAAGACUGCUCGAGGGGAUGUCCAGUAAGCAACUUUCUGUGAUUACUGUUUGCCCUCAAAGUGUCUGUUCGAUUGCCGUGAAAAGGCAAAUACCAGUCUCUCAGGCAGCUCAACUGAUAGCAUCGUAUUUCUUUUCUAAGGGAGCUCACUACGUGGUAGACUCCACCUUUGGACGGUUUCUCUGCCUGGAGGAAGCGUAUCAUGAAUUCCAGUCGAGAUCUACACGACCGCUACUGGUUUCUUCAUGCCCAGGAUUUGUUUGUUAUGCCGAAAAGAGCCAUGAGGCUUUCCUCCUGCCGUUUAUCAGCAAAGUUAGGUCACCACAAGCCGUCACUGGCGCCCUCGUGAAAGAUUACCUUUCACGAUCUCUCAAUGUACCUGUAGAAUCCAUUUACCAUGCUGCGGUGAUGCCAUGCUUCGAUAAAAAACUGGAAGCGUCUCGUCCUGAUUUUCAUGUACCUGGUACUACUGAUGUGCGUGAAACUGAUUGUGUCAUCAGCACAGGUCAGUCGAGUUUACAAACAUUUCUGAUUUCUACUUUGAUAAUUUUGGACAUAGUUAUGUUCCAAAGCAAUGUUACUUUAGUAUAUGCUUGUAUUCUUAAGGAGUUCUCUACGGGAACCCUGGCGGAACAUCAGGUGGCUUUGCAGAAAUGUUGGUCAGAAGAUAUGUUUCCGAACAUGGCGGGCAAAUUAAGGAAGAACGGCUGUAAGUUUCCUAACUCCGAAAAACAUGGUCUUGCGAAAAUAUCAAGCAGUGCUUACAGAGCGAAAAAUCUGGACGUCCUCAGUGUGCAUCGCAACGAUUCUGUGAUUUUACGAGCAGCUAGAGUUUAUGGCUUUAGAAAUAUACAAAACCUCGUUCGAAAAAUGAAAAACAACAAAAACUCAUAUGACUAUGUCGAAGUUCAGGCAUGUCCUAAUGGUUGUGGCAAUGGUGGAGCGCAAAUUCGCGGUGAAACAACGGAAGAAAGGGAACAGAUAUUGAGUAGUGUAGAAAAAAACUUCGCAUCGAUACAAGAAGACGCCACCUCAGAAACGCAGAGGAUUACUAGUGAAUGGAAUGAGUUAAACCCCGGCUGGAGAAAACUGUUAUACACUGAUUACCAUAGUGUGACCGGUAACAUUGCUCAGAAGCUACAAUGGUAG